CUGCCGUACCGAGCACACAACCCUGACUAGAGUGCACGCGCGCGACAUCGACAGUACGUGCUCGUCGUUAAAAAAAACAACACGUGCAAGAUCUGCUUUGCGUGCAUUGUCGAGUUCUUAUUUGUUAGUGCGUUGCUUUCCUUGUGUACGAAACGUUUCUUUCAAGUGUUGUACUUUCUUUGCAGUUGCCAUAACUUUGAAACACGUGCUUGGAUGCACGUGAGUUUUUUUUUUUUUUAUACUCAGCGUUCAGAUACGUACCUUCUAGAACUGGUCAGACUUCUGAUUUGAUUCUGACUGACUGAAAAUACAGUGCGAUUCAUUGCUGAAGUUACUGAAAAAGUCAACAGCUGAUAUUUUUAGGCAAAAGUUGUCAGCAAAGUUCGACAAAGUUGUGUGCACUCCUUGUUUUUGAGAAGUAAAAAUAAUCCGAGAUCCUGCAUCGCUUGACCUAGCCAAAAUCGGACCCUAAAACAUUCAACAGGAUGUCUGCUGGUCUUCGCCGUGCAUCCCGCCACCAGGAGGAGAAGGACGAUGACGUGCCCCAGUGGAUCCCGGGUCUUGGGCAAGAUAAGCCCAAGCCCAGGACGCUGGGUACCUCCUUCUUCGGCUACGUCCCCGACGCGUUUGUGGAAAAGACUCCUUACUUGCCGUCCGAACAAUCUGCAGACGCCCUCAAGAAGGAGGCAGCAGUCGAACCUGAGAAGGCAGCAGAGCAGGUAGCAGACGCCCUUGAGCAGGAAAUCGUGCCUCGAGAUUCCAUUGAGAGAAACGGACAGCGCGACAUGGAUGCCAGCAGCGACGAGGGAGUUGUGACUGAGGAGGUCAUCGUGCCCCGACGGGCGGGGCAGGCCUCCGCCGAGCCCUGGGACGUCCUGUCUCCCGUCGACAUCGAAGACGGAUCUGGGGUGCGCGAGGUGGCUAGCUCCCUAGUGCGCGAAGCCCUCACCUCGGCCUCGUCUCUCCUCAAGGAGGGGGAGGAGGUGGAGGAGGAGGAGGAAAAGGAUGAGAGGGCCAAGGAUCCAACCACAGGCCGGAGCGCACAGAACAGGCUUCUGAUCAAAGGAGGCCGGGUGGUCAAUGAUGAUAUGAUGCAAGAUGCUGACGUCUACAUCGAAGAUGGAAUUAUCAAGCAAGUUGGAACGAACCUUCACACCCCAGGUGGUACGAGGGUCAUCGAAGCCAAGGGGCAUCUCGUCAUGCCAGGUGGCAUCGAUACGCACACGCACAUGCAAAUGCCAUUCAUGGGCACGCAAGCCAUUGACGACUUUUACACCGGAACUCGUGCUGCCUUAGCUGGAGGAACUACCAUGAUAAUGGACUUUGCUCUUCCCCAAAGAGGGGAGUCCCUAAUAGAGGCUUUCCACCGCUGGAGAACUUGGGCCGACGCCAAAGUUUGCUGUGAUUAUGCUCUCCAUGUUGGCGUCACCUGGUGGUCUGACAAGGUCGCACAAGAGAUGGAGGAACUCACAAAUGAGCAGGGAGUCAAUUCUUUCAAGAUGUUUAUGGCUUAUAAGGACACCUGGCAACUUAGUGAUGAGGAACUCCUGGAGUCAUUCAAAAGGUGCAAGGAACUCGGUGCUCUAGCCCAGGUCCACGCAGAGAAUGGUGACAUAAUCAAAGAGAAUUCAAAGAAGUUGUUAGAACUGGGCAUAACUGGCCCAGAGGGUCAUGAAAUGAGUCGUCCUGAAGAGGUUGAGGCUGAAGCCACCAACAGAGCAUGCGUUCUCGCAAAUCAGGUCCACUGUCCACUCUAUGUAGUACAUGUUAUGUCAAAAAGUGCUGCUGAUGUGGUUUCCAGCAAACGAAAACAAGGACAUGUUGUGUUUGGGGAGCCAAUAGCAGCAUCUUUGGGAACAGAUGGAACCCAUCACUAUCAUAAAUGUUGGCGUCAUGCUGCUGGCCAUGUAAUGGGACCUCCUUUAAGGCCUGACAGUACCACUCCUAAGUACCUUAUGGACUUGUUGGCAAAUGGAGAUCUCCAAACAACUGGUACAGACAAUUGUACCUUCUCUGCCGCACAAAAAGCCCUGGGGAAGGAUGACUUUACCAAGAUUCCUAAUGGAGUAAAUGGAGUUGAAGACCGCAUGUCUGUCGUUUGGGAAAAAGGAGUGGUCUCUGGAAAAAUGGACCCAUGCAGAUUUGUGGCUGUGACUUCAACUAAUGCUGCAAAGAUUUUCAAUAUCUAUCCUAAGAAGGGACGAGUUGCAGUUGGUUCAGACGCUGACAUCGUUGUAUGGAAUCCUCAUGCAACACGUGUUAUUUCUGCCAAAACACAUCAUCAGGCUGUUGAUUUCAAUAUAUUUGAGGGUAUGGAAGUUCAUGGCAUUGCUGAAUAUGUUGUGUGUCAUGGUCGUGUUGUGGUAGAAGAAGGGGAGGUUCGUGCGAUUUCUGGCAUGGGCAAGUAUGUCCCAACUCCCGUAUUCAAUCCUCAUGUAUAUGGAAGAUUAGAAGAAAGAGAAAGAGCAAAUGCUCCAUGCAAGGUUGAACGUGCUCCUUAUGAAGGUCCAGUUGCCCAGCUGAAUGGUCAGGGAAUGCAAGAAGGAGGUAUCAUCCCAGUUCAACAGGAGACUUUCUACACUCGAGGUCCGACUAGAAGUGGAGGAGUCAACCUCCAUGAUUCAAGCUUCCACGUGUCGGGUUAGCCUGCAACCUCAACUAACAUCAUCAUGGUUUAGAAAUGUGGUGCUGAGCCCAGGUUAAUGAUAAAUCUCCUAAAAGACCAUCAGUGAAAGUAAAUAACCCACCAGGUGGUAGGUCUUCAGGCAGCUUCUGGUAACAAUAUCAAGACAUUCGGGAGUCAGUCUUCCUCUCCUUUGCUUAAUCAAGCUAAUGUAAUAUUUGAAUGUUGCACUUACUAAGAACCUUGUGACAUUGUGAGAGUUAAAAAAUUUUUCCUCGAAUCCUAAUUAUAGAAAAAAUCUGAAGCAAAAACAGAAAACUAUUCAACAUGGCAAUGUGCUUUUUAAGAAGUGGUAAUGUUACUUGCCUUAUUAGCUGAGUUUGCAUAUUUUUAUAUUGUUACUAUUUAUAAUGAAAGUGAUGAUGUAAGUGUAAAGUCACAGGAUAGGUAAAAGAGCUUCACACCAUCGUUUUUGCCUCCAAGCAAUUUCUACUAAGAGAAUUUACAUUAUGUGAUUAUUUCAGUAGUGAAAAUUGGAAGGGAGAUGAAGCUGCUAGGGUAUACUAUUCUGUACUACCGAUUCUGGUAAUCUUGCAUAUGCUAAUUUCCACAAAAUAUUUUGUAUAGUUUGAAUUUGAAUCGAUACAGUGUAUCCUAGAAACACAGUAGUGACCUGUAGAUAUGUAUACAGUAUAAUAAUUUCUGUUUGUUUGUCAAGCUUUGUAAUUUUAUAUUCAAAUUUCUCUUUAGGAAUAAAUUUAUGCAUUGCAAUUCUGAAUUCAAAUCUUGCUAAAUUGUAGUAAUUAAGUCAAAAUGGUGUUUGUUUAAAAAAAAUUGGAGUGUGUUACGUUUGUUAAAAAAAAAAAAAAAAAUGGACUGUGUUAUGUUUUUGUAUGUAAGAAGGCUUUGAUAUAGUCUGUUGGCUUAGGUCCCUUUUGUGAAAGCUCGCCAUUUUUUUUUUCAUCACUGUUUUAAAAUUAAAAGUGGACAACCAAGUACCAUUUACAGUAUACCUAAAUUUCAUGUAGCUUCUAUAAUUCUUCAGUGCUUGAUUUACUUCAUGUAUUUUUUUUAGGAAUAUAAACUACCUGCAGUUUUCAUGAUAAAAAAUAUAAGACUACUGUCUUAAAACUAGAAAACAACCCCUCACUAAGUAAACUAGUUAUGAGUCCAUGCCCCUUGGAUUAAUAAUUGAGCUGUGAUUAAUAAGCAAUUCUGUGAUGGUAUUAUAAUCCCAGUGUACUAAGUUUAAAACAGCCGAGCUACGGCAAUAUAUUAAGAAUGAAUAAUCACUCUUGGUAUGGUUUUUCUUAAGUAUUACUGUAUCCAUGGGAAAGGAGGUACUGCAUUUAAUGGAUGUUUCUCACAAGUACAGUAUAUUGUACUUGGUUCCAGAAUUUAAGUAAAACUACCGCAACUCCAACAACUAAUUAUGUUGCAAAGUACUAUAUCAGAUUUUAUAACUUUUUCCAGCUAACUAGCACAUUAGUGGGUGAUACUACAGCAUUCAUGCUGUACUUUAGGAAUUAUACAGGGUGUUUUUACCAUACUGUUUUCUGUUAAACAACUAUAUAUGAAGAUGGAGGAUAUUGUGAUGAAAUGCAAAUACUUUAACUAUUUUCUAUUGUUUAUUACUAAAUAAAUUCAUGUGAAACAGCAUAAGCUAAUACAUACAUGCUUGAAAUGUUCCUCACUAAUUUUAUUUAUUAUUUUUUUUGGGGGGUGGGGGUUGUUAUGAACACUUUGUACUUUAAUUCUAAACUUAUGGCUUACAUGCUUGUCCACUUUUCACUGUCUGCACAUAAACAUAAAAAAUACCAACUUUCUACAUAAUUCUCAAUUUCAUUGUAUGGUAGUAUAUGAAAGUCAUCCUUUUGGGUAUUGCAAUCACAAGUUCAUAUGUCAUGCAUCAUAAAAAAUACAUUUUUUCAAGAAAAACUGUUUUGUUUAUGUGUAGAUUUUGUGUUUUAUGUUUAAAAGCUGCAUGUUAGGUGCAAAGCCAUGCAGUUUAAUUACAUUAUGUGCAGCAUAAGACAAUAAACUGACAAAUUC